AUUCAUUUUUUAUCGAACGAAUUUAAACAAUCUUCUAAAAAGCAGGAAACUAUGCACCAAGAAUGGCAGGGAUCAGUGAACAACUUGUCUAACCGAAUCACUUACAAUAUUUCUUACCUGCAACAGCAAAUUGAGACUUUGAAACGCUUUGUUGGAGUCAGGAUUGUCAGUGGAAGCAAUCCCAAAGAAGGAAGAGUGGAAAUAUUACAUGAAGGAAAGUGGGGAACGAUUUGUCACCAUGGAUGGGGUAUGGAAGAUGCAAAUGUAACGUGCAAAAUGCUGGGAUAUGAUGGGGCAAAAAGUAGUUACGGAAGCUCUAUAUUUGGUAAAGGUUCCGGAAAAAUAUGGCUUGAUUAUGUUAGUUGUACAGGAACCGAAGAUUAUAUUGGAGAAUGCAGCCAUAGGGGAUGGGGAGUGUUGCAUCCGAGUACAGGACGUAGGUUGUUCUUUGAUCUUAUUAUGGCUUUAUAUAUGACUCCACGUGAAAACCCGGUAUUUCUGAAUGUAAGGGAAAGCGAGGCGUACCAAGAAUGUGAUUACAGAGAGUUUGGACCAAAUGCUGAAAACCCAGGAUAUGAUUCAGUUUAUGAAUCUGUGGAUCCAAAAGCAGAUUCCUCUUCAAGUUUUACUACGUCGGGCGGAAAUGUAGUGCAAACAAGAAUCACAUCAAAUAACGAUAAGCCAUCCAGCACACCAGUUACUACCGUGCUGUUUGCAAUUUUGUUGACUGUAUUAUUCUUUGGACUCGGAUGCGUGGUUUUCUUUCUAGCGCAGGAUUCAGAAAAAUUUAAUCAAGCAUUCCAAGCUAUCGACGAUCAAAGUACUGAAAUGAACAGAUCAUUUAGGAACCAGCGGGAGGAUUUCAGUAACUCGAAUCAGCUUAUAUCAUCCACGUUAAAUGAAUCAUUUGAGAUGUCCGAAAAUUUAUUCUCGGAAAUACAAAAAGUAUCUAAGCAAACUUCUAUGAACGAAAAUUCUCUAAAGACGUUAUUCAGGAAAGUUGCGCUCGAUAUUUCCAUGUUGCAGAGGAAAAUGGGAACAUCUCAGAAAGAUUUAACCGACGUGAUGGAGAACUUGGAAAAACAAGUUGCAAGGAACAUAUCUAUCAUACAACAGACGAUGGGAACUUCACAGAAAGAAUUAACCGACCUGAUUGAGAACUUGGAAGAACAAGUUGCAAUGAAUAUCUCUUUCAUACAACAGAUGAUUGAAAAAGUGAAACGCAACGUUGGUAUCAGGCUUAUCGGUGGCAGCAAUCCUAAAGAAGGAAGAGUGGAAAUACUACAUGAAGGAAAGUGGGGAACGAUUUGUCACCACCGAUGGGGUAUGGAAGAUGCAAAUGUAACUUGCAAAAUGCUGGGAUAUGAUGGGGCAAAAAGUAGUUACACAAGCUCUCACUUUGGCAAAGGUUCCGGAAAAAUAUGGCUCGAUUAUGUUAGUUGUACAGGAACAGAAGAUUAUAUUGGAACAUCUGGAGAACUAAGUGAGGCUACUGGAAUCAUACUGGAAUCAUCAAUCAGUUUGAACGAAUCGUUGUUGUUAGAGGAAAAUAUAUCCACGCACUUGGACCGCAAAAUUCAUUUUUUAUCGAACGAAUUUAAACAAUCUUCUAAAAAGCAAGAAACUAUGCACCAAGAAUGGCAGGGAUCAGUGAAAAACUUGUCUGACCGAAUCACUUACAAUAUUUCUUACCUGCAACAGCAAAUUGAGACUUUGAAACGCUUUGUUGGUGUCAGGCUUGUCGGUGGCAGCAAUCCCAAAGAAGGAAGAGUGGAAAUAUUACAUGAAGGAAAGUGGGGAACGAUUUGUCACCAUAGUUGGGAUAUAAAGGAUGCAAAUGUAACGUGCAAAAUGCUGGGAUAUGAUGGGGCAAAGAAAGCUUACAAAAGCUCUCACUUUGGCAAAGAUGAAAACCCAGUAUUUCUGAAUGUAAGGGAAAGUGAGGCGUACCAAGAAUGUGAUUACAGAGAGUUUGGACCAAAUGCUGAAAACUCAGGAUAUGAUUCAGUUUAUGAAUCUGUGGAUCCAAAAGCAGAUUCCUCUUCAAGUUUUACUACGUCGGACGGAAAUGAAAUCAUGAUCUUACAAAACAUCACCAGCGAACAAAAGAAGGAAACGAUUUCCUCAAAGCAACUACUCGAUCGCAUUCAAAGUCAGGCCAUGAACAUUCAACGAUUGUCUCUAAGAGACGAAAUGAUUGCAAAGGGUUUAGCAGAUUUAGAUGAUAAACGAGUAAAUUCUCAGAAAAAUUUGAUCGGCUUGAUUAAGAAUUCCGGAGAACAAGUUGCGAAGAACAUAUCCUUCAUGCAACAAACGAUCGUGAAUUCUCAGAUAAAUUUGACUGACCUGAUUAAGAAUUCCGAAGAACUAGUUCUAGAACUAGCAAUGAACAUCUCCUCCAUGCAACAAACGAUCGAGACUUUAGAAUUCAAUGUGGGUAUCAGGCUUAUCGGUGGCAGCAAUCCCAAAGAAGGAAGAGUAGAAAUACUACAUGAAGGAAAGUGGGGAACGAUUUGUCACCAUAGUUGGGAUAUAAAGGAUGCAAAUGUAACGUGCAAAAUGCUGGGAUAUGAUGGGGCAGUGAGUAGUUACACAAACUCUCACUUUGGCAAAGGUUCAGGAAAACUAUGGCUCGAUUUUGUUAGUUGUACAGGAACCGAAGAUAAUAUCGGACAGUGCAACCAUAGGGGAUGGGGGGUUUUGCAUCCGGGAUCAGACCAUUGCAUACCCCAUCACGAAGAUGCAGGCGUAGCUUGCCUUUAAAAACAUAAAAUUGCCAUAAACAUUCAAACCUUGCUGUAAUCUUAUCAGAGUUUUCAAUUUUUUUUUGUAAACAACAUGUUCGUGGUUAAAUGGGCUGGCAUUUGUGGUUGCUGCUGGACAGUUAAUUGCAGCCUAUACCACAAUACCCUGUUUCUGUAACAGCAGGAUGAAUGAUCGAAAUAGUAUUGUCUGUUAUAACCUUGAUGAUAAAAAAAUACAUUUUUGAACCGUUCAUAAUACGAUCCCUAGUUGAUAAAAACUUACGACCACGACUACG